AUGAGUAUUCUACUACAUUAUGCGGUAGCCCUCAUCUUGUGGACUAUACGGGGCUCACAGGGACAAGACCUUUCCGAGCCCACGCAACAGUCAUAUGUCACGGGCCAUGACCGACCACCUGCACAAACCAAGAUGAUGGAGAUCCCUGAGUCCCGACUUUUGGCAAAGCGCCAAACAACCAGCUCACCAAACGACGUGCUUACCGUCACGAUAGCCCCUGAUGAAACAUGCGGUUGGGUGUCAGGGCGUCCAGGUAUCCCAAUCACGUGCGAAAACCAUCAACCCUGCAUGUGGAUGAGUUCAGUAGCGUUGAUAUGCGGCGGGCUUAAGGAAUUCGAUAAGUGGGAGCAUCACCUCUCUAGCCCUCAGCGCUACCGCGCUGCACCUGCCGUGCGCACCCCCUCCGGCGGACUAUAA